AGCCAUAGGGAUGUCGAUCUCAGAUCGAUUAAUCGAAAAAUCGAUUAUUUACCGAGAAAUAAUCGAUUUUUUGAAUCGAUUCGAGACGGUGGAUCGAUUCAAUGAAUCGAUCUAAGAACUGCCCGAAUCGGACCGAUUCACGUUAUAAUGGUUUCAUGUCAUAUCUCACGUCACAAAAGAUGUAAACCGCUAACAGUAUCGACACUUUCAUAACAUCUUUACGACAUCCUUAAUGCGAGUCAGGAGUGGCAACUUUCCAAAAGAAAAAACUACUUUUCUUCUACAAUGUUUGUAGCAUUUUAAUUUUAUAGCGGUUUCUGAUCUAGGGACUUUAGUUUCCGUUGGUACGUGGUGCGCACUGAGUGUAUUUCUAUCUCUGUUAAGUGACGUUUGACGUUGAGUAAUAAAGACAAAGAACAAAAAUAUAUUCGAUGCGCAUUAGCCCCAAUGGAAACCGCUAUUAGUAUUUCGACAUGUGACAAGACUGACAACAUAACUUUACUGACUUGACAAGUGCAUGAUUAUUGCAAUAAUAAAUUAUUGUAAUAAACGAUUGCAAACAAUGAUUGCAAAUUAUUAGGUAAACUUUGAUUAAAGGCUGUCUCCGCUCCUCCUUCAAGCUCCAGCUCCAGCCUCCUCCUACCUCGUAAUCCUCGUGCAAGCAAGAAUCGUAAUUCUUGGUCCUCGUCCUCGUGUUAUUUUUAGUUUUAAAAUUGUGUUUGCUUGUGUUAUAUUCUGAUAAAAUCAAAUACAGGAUCAAAUACACGAUCCGAAAGCCUAAAAUGUCAAGUAAAAGUGAUACCUGGAAACAUUUUGUAAAAAAAGGAUCCAGUGGCAUAUGUAAGCAUUGUCACAUUGAAGUGAAGACAUGCGGAAACACAACAAAUUUACGUAACCAUUUAUUACGUAGACAUCCAACUAUCAAGACCGUAAGUCAACGUAAGCAAGUGGUGGCAAAGGCAAAUAAUCAUAUUGGUGGUGGUAACAAAGAAAUAGAAGUGUGUAUCUAUAUACUACUGUAUAUAUCAAUAACCUCUCCGUAGUCUUAGUGCAAUGUGCAUGCUUAGAAACUAUUUUGAAAGUAUAAAUAAUAUUGAUGCUCCUUCAACUUCAAAAGAGAAACCUGUCACAUUAUGUUAUGAAAACGAAUCAAGUUUGAUUAGUUCAAAAGACUGUGAUUCUGACUUGGAAAGUGUAGCAUCAUCAUCAGUAUCACAGGAAAAGUCAAACUUUAAUCAGCUAACUAUGGAUUUAUGUGUUAAUAAUAUCAAAUCAUUCAAAGUAAAUGGAAAUAAGAAUGGACAAAUAAAUAAUGCCAUCAUGUUCAUGAUCUGUAAGGAUUCAUUACCACUGAACACAGUUGAGAAAGAAGGGUUCCAGUACCUCAUGAAAACAACAGUGCCUUUAUAUAAACUUCCUUCACGACGCACAGUUACUCAAAUGAUAGAUGACAAGUAUGAUAUUGUUUCACUGCAAUUCAAGGAAAAGCUUGUAGAUGUGGAGUCAAUAUGUUUAACUACGGACAUCUGGACAGACCCACAUAAUACAAGGAGUUACAUGGGUCUAACAGGCCAUUUUAUUGAUGAAGGUGACCUGAUGAGUAUAAAUUUUGGUGUGUCACAUUUAACUGAACCUCACAAUGCGGAUUACUUGACUCAAAUGAUAACUACAAUGGCGGAAAAAUGGGGCAUAACAUCAGAAAAAGUUACAGCUGUCAUAACGGACAAUGGUGCCAACAUAGUGAAGGCGGUAAUAACAGCGUAUGGGAAAUCAAAACACAUAUGGUGUUUUGCACAUACACUAAAUUUAGUGGCUCAAAAACCUUUUGAAGAGAAAGAUGGUGUAGAGAGUGCUAAAGCAUUGCUACACAUUAUAAAGGAUAUAACUAGAUACUUCAAACAAAACGUUAAUGCUGCUGAUGCCCUUCGUAAAGCUCAAAAUAAUACAGGACUACCACUCAAAUUGAUUCAGUCUGUUUGUACAAGAUGGAACUCUAUAUAUUACCAGAUAGAACGGUUUGUGAAAUUAUCAGAGUUUAUAGCUCCAAUAUUACUCAACCACCCGAAAGCUCCAUCUAUGUUGUCAGCAAGUCAAUUAGAUGCUAUUAAAGAUCUCAUAAAUAUCUUGAAACCCAUGGAAGCUGUCACAAAAGAAGUGUGUGCAGAAAAAUUUGUAACGUCGAGCAAAAUAAUUCCAAUAGUAUCAUGUCUUUUUGAAACAUAUAGUGCAAUGAAGACAGAAACAGAAGUUGGCACUGCAACAAAAAAAUUAAUAAUAGAGGGAUUUAAAAAAAGGUUUGGCACAGUAGAACAAGUCAACAUGCUGGCCAUAUCAACUAUACUUGAUCCAAGAUUUAAGAAAAUACAUUUUUCUGAUAAACUGGCAUGCUCGAAAGCCAUCGAUAAAAUCAAUACUAUGAUUAGGAUUUUCAAAAACCAGUUAGAAAAAGAUGUAACUCAUGAAAAUUCAGCCCAUAUUCAACCCCAGAUUACAGAAGCAGAGGAGCCUAAUAUUUGGGAAUUCCAUAAUAAAUUGGUGAAAAAUCAGCGUCAUUCAAUUUCUCAAGAGAUUCAAGGAGAAGGUUUGCAAGAUGAAUUCAAGCAUUAUUUGGCCCAGCCUGUAGUCGACCUCAACACUACCAAUCCCAUCUCAUACUGGCACAAUCACAAACAUUCCUUUUAUAGUUCAAUAAGGCCAAUUGCUAAUAGGUAUUUCUGUGUAGUUGGAACAUCUGUUCCUUGUGAACGACUUUUUUCUGUUGCGGGAAAUAUUGCAAGUGAUGAAAGGAGUCGCUUAGAUCCUGAGCGGCUAGAUAAAUUAAUUUUUUUAAAAUCACUUGAUUUCAAUUAUUGGGAAAUGUAAAUUAAUAAAUGCCAAGUAGAUA